AUGACAUCAACUUUACAACAACAACAACAACAAUCAUCACAAGAUGAAUUCAAUCUACCACAAACAAGUGAUAUGAUUGAAGACCGUGAUUUGAAAUUUAUAUCAGAUUAUUUAAAGGAGAGUGAUAAGGAUGCAUUAAGACAACACGUGUUUAAAGUAUGGAGUGACUGCAUUACCACUGCUCAUGCCUAUAGGUGUAUCAAAAGUUUGUCAUUCCUCUAUCCAAAGAUUCAUCGUCACUAUAUCUAUGAGAAAGAGAUUGCUCAGUCGUCUGCCAAAUCAUCACUCCAAUUCUUGGACCUUGGAUGUUGCUUUGCCACUGAUACACGUCAACUUGUCAGAGAUGGUGUGCCACCCUCCAACAUUGUAGCUAUCGACGUUGUUCCAGACUACUGGCAAUUUGGUACCAAGCUCUACAAAGAUGCCGAUACUCUAGGUGUAGAGUCACGUUUUGGUAAUACUAUCAGUGACCAAUCGUUUGCAUCGGAUCUCAACAACACAAGAGACUAUGUGUGGACCGGUCUUGUACUACAUGUACUCACCAAACAAGAUGUAGAGGGAUUACUCCGACGUGUAUACGGAUUCCUCAAGUCUGGAGGCACCUAUUUCGGUACAUGUGUCGGUUCAGAGGUUGAACAAGUUUGGAUUCCAAACACGAGCUCAUCUCCAAGAUACCUUCACUCGGAUGUAUCUCUCACUGCACUCCUCACCACACUCGGUUUCAAAGAUGUCAAAGUCCAAUCAUACGACUCUAAAGAACUUCAAAUGUCCCUCCGUCAACAAAAUGCUGCCCAAACUCAAAUAUUGGAAUGGAAGGCUGAUGGAAACAUUCAAAAAAGAAUCCUUGUAUUCUCUGCCAAAAAAUAA